AUGGGCGUCCUCGAUAAGAAGCAUUCGCUCGAAGGCGAGACCGACACGCCGCACAUCCUCGUCAACGCUCCCGGCGAUGUGGACCCCGACACCAUCCCGACCGAGGAGGAGCUGAGCACGCUGCGCAAGGUGCCGGCGGGCAUGCCGCUCGUCGUCCUCGCCCUCUGCCUUGUCGAGUUUGCCGAGCGCGCGUCCUACUACGGCUCCUCGGGCGUCUUCUUCAGCUUUAUCAAGAACCCGCUCCCCGCAGGAGGGAGCGGUACCGGCGCCGUGGCAAAGGGCCCGGCCGGCAAGAACCAGAAGGCGGGCGCGCUCGGCCGCGGCAUCGUGACCGCCAACGCGCUCACCACGACGUUUACCUUCCUCGCUUACGUCGUGCCCAUCUUUGGCGCGAUUCUCGCCGACACCAAGCUCGGCCGCUGGCGCGCCAUCUGGAUCGGCACGAUCAUUGGCGCCGUGGCGCAUAUCCUCCUUGUCAUCCCUGCCAUCCCCAGCGUCAUCCUGCACCCCCAGGGCUCGCUCGCGGCGUUCAUCAUCUCGAUUCUUAUCCUUGCGUUCGCAGCCGGAUUUAUCAAGCCCUCGCUUGCGCCCCUGCUCUGCGAUCAGCUUCCCGUGAAGCGGCCGACGCUCAAGACGCUCAAGAGCGGCGAGCGCGUCGUCGUCGACCCCGAGAUCACGCUCUCUCGCUGGCUCGUCAUUUUCUACCUCUGCAUCAACAUUGGUGGCUUCUUUGCCCUUGCCACGACGUACUCUGAGCGUCUGGUGGGCUUCUGGCUCGCAUUCGUCCUCCCCGCCUUCAUCUACAUCCUCAUGCCGAUCAACCUCCUCUGGGCGUCCAACAAGCUGUACAAGGCGCCGCCGCAGGGCUCGGUCGUCCUCGAGGCGUUUAGUGUCGUCAAAGUGCUGCUUUCUAACGGCGGUUGGCGCCAGUGGAAGAAGGGAGACGACUGGUGGAACCGCGCCAAGCCGAGCUACCUCCUCCAGCGUGGCGACGUCGACGCCUCAAAGGUCUUCUGGGACGACACCUUCGUCGACGAGAUCCGCACGGCAGUGAAGGCGUGCACGGUAUUUAUCCUCGUGCCCAUCUUCAACCUUGCGGACGGUGGUAUUGGUAACCAGAUGGGUGCCAUGUCCAACGGCAUGGUCCUCAACAACGUGCCGUCUGACAUUUCGAGCAACUUCAACCCCCUUGCGAUCAUCAUCUUCUCCCCGAUCCUGACGUACGGCAUCUACCCCUUCUUCAUCUGGCUCAAGCGGCCCAUCGCGCCGAUGACGCGCAUGUCGAUCGGCUUCCUCCUCUCCACGAUCGGCUGUAUCGUCGCCGCCAUCAUCCAGGACCGGAUCUACAAGACGUCCCCUUGCGGCAAGUACGCGUCUAGCUGCAAAGAAGUCUCCAAGAUCAACCUCUGGUGGCAGAUGGUGCCGAUUGUCGUGCCCGCCGUCGGCGAGCUGUUCGUCAACGUGACGGCGUACGAGAUCGCGUACACCCAGUCGCCGGCGCGCAUGAAGGGCCUGAUCUACGCGCUGUUCCUCUUCGCGACGGCCAUCUCGAGCGCCAUCUCCCUCGCCCUGUCGGACGUCAUCGACGACCCCAACCUCGUCUGGCCGUGGGUCGCGCUCGCCAUCGCGUCCUUCCUCGCCGCGCUCGUCUUCCCCACCUACUUCCGCCACCUCAACCACACGACGGCCAAGUUUGCUGACCCGAGCCGCCAGGAGGGCCACGACCAGACCACCAACUUCCAGGCCGACCGACUGUACGACCAGAGCCGCGCCGUAUCUGGCGGCCACGGCCACGACGUCGAGAGCAAGCGCGACAAUGAUAGGUACUAG